GUGAGGGAUGCUCGGUGCGGGCGGCGGCGGCGGCCCCAGGGCCCGCCAUGGUGUGAGGCGCUGCCGCGAUGAACGGAGCCGUCCCGUCGCUCUACGACCCCAAGGCGCGGGUGCUAAAGCUGGGGGAGAGCUUCGAGAAGCAGCCGCGCUGCGCUUUCCACACCGUCCGCUAUGACUUUAAGCCUGCAUCUAUUGAUAUGUCCUGUGAAGGAGACCUUGAAGUUGGCAAAGGUGAACAGGUGACAAUAACGCUGCCAAAUAUUGAGGGUUCAACUCCACCAGUGACUGUGUUCAAGGGCUCAAAGAAGCCUUACCUAAAAGAAUGUAUCUUAAUUAUCAACCAUGACACUGGAGAAUGUCGCCUAGAGAAACUUAGUAGCAACAUCACUGUGAAAAAAACCAGAGCUGAAGGAAGUAGUAAAGUCCAGUCUCGCAUUGAGCAGCAACAGCAGCAAAUGCGAAAUGCAACAAAGGUUCCAAACAAUGUUAAAAACUCUCCAUCAAAGGAAAAAACGUUUCCAUCUUCUCCUAUGGAUGAUAUUGAACGGGAGCUAAAAGCAGAAGCCAGUAUCAUGGACCAGCUGAGUAGCUCUGACAGUUCAUCUGACUCUAAAAGUUCUUCGUCCUCUUCAUCAAGCAGUGAAAAUAGUUCUAGUGAUUCUGAAGAUGAGGAAAUGAAGCCCUCUCUUCCGAUGUCGAUGCCGUAUUUGCAGCCUCAGCCUACUGUGUCUGCCAUACCCCAACAGGCUGUUCCUGACAAAGAUGCCAGUCAUAACAGAUCCCAAGAGAGCAGCGGUCAUAUGAUGAAUACACUACGAAAUGACUUGCAGCUGAGUGAAUCUGGAAGCGAUAGUGAUGACUGAACAACUUUUUGGCCUUAAAUGUAUCACCUUUUUUUGCUAAAUAUGUCUUAGCAUCUGUUUUGCACUAAGAUUAGAUUACCAGAGACUGGAAUGAAUGUCCUCAGUUUUGAUAAUAGACAUCCUAAUUUUCUACUGACACAUCAUGUCUGUUAUACAGCAGCAUUGAUAUCCUGUCAGUGCUAUGGUUAUGUGUUUAUCUUUCAAAUUACUGUAUUUACAGUAAAAUUGUGUAUGAUCUGAUUUUGAUUAUUUUUGCCUCAGCCACCUGUUUUACUUGAAACUGAUUUGUAAUAGCUAGUUACUUUAUAUAAAUAGCUAUGAAAUGGAGAAAUUUCUGAUAUUUAUGGAGGCAAGUUUCCUUCCUAUCACUUAAAUGCUGAUCUCAUAACUUUGACUUGGAGGGAGAGAAAGAGACAACAACUAAAUGAGGUUUGCUGUGUCAGCUACACAUUUUGUUCAGUUCACAGUUCAUACCUUUAAGGAAACUGCUGAAUAAUGUGGUCCACUAGUGCAGUUACAGUUUACAAUUGUUCAACACAUUGCUGAAUUCUUAAUUUCAUUAUAUAAUGGGACUUUAUAUAUUUCUGAGCCUCAAGAUUCCUAAGGGAACUUGUCUGUUCUCUGCCUGUUUUAUGUAACUUGAAUAGGGCAGUCUUUUUACAACCUUUUUGUAUCUAAAUUUAGGUAACUGCAGAGACAGCAAUGAAUUUCAUUCAUUUAAUUCUGUAACGGAAAUCAGAAAAUUUCUUUGUAGAAGUAUAAAAGUAAUUUAAUAAAGCAAAUGUUUAUC